GAAUGGCUUUUCUAUACCCGAUCAAGUUACAGUGAAGAUGAAGGUUCUUUCAUCCUGUCCUAGCUCCGCAGUGAGCACCUCUCUGCCUAAUUUGAUCAUUUUCUUCAUUAUUUAUCACAUUCACAAGCUGGAAUCAGCCCAAUUCAGUGUGACUGGUCCUGGCCACCCUGUCACUGCCAUUGUGGGUGAGGCCACUGUGUUACCCUGUCACCUGUCCCCCAGGAUGAGCGCUGAGAACAUGGAGGUGAGAUGGUUCCGAUCUGAGUUCCUUUCAUUUGUGCACCUGUAUCAGCAUGGGAAGGAUCAAUAUGGGAACCAGAUGCCAGAAUAUCAUGGAAGGACAGAGCUUUUGAAAGCUGCCAUCACGGAUGGGAACGUUUCCUUGCAAAUUCUUAAUAUCAGACGCUCAGAUGAAGGACAAUACAGCUGUUUUGUUCAAGAUGGUCCUUUUUAUGAAGAAGCCCUAUUGGAACUGAAGAUAGCAGCUUUGGGCUCCAAUCCUCUCAUCUCUGUGGAGAGUCACCAGGAUGGAGGGAUCCGGAUGGUUUGUCAAUCGGCUGGGUGGUAUCCAGAGCCCAAGGUGCUAUGGAGAGAUCUCAGUGGGCAAGAAUUACCAUCACUCUCUGAAGCAAAAUCCCUAGGGGAUAGUGGCCUGUUUGAAACAGAAAAUUCUAUUAUUAUAAAAGAACAUUCAAACCAGAACCUGUCCUGUUGGAUCAGGAACACCUUUCUCAAUCAAGAAAAGGAAUCAACAGUUUAUAUAGCAGAUUUCUUUUUCCCGAGGGUGAAUCCAUGGAUGGUGGCUCUGAGUGUGAUUCUCCUGGUUUUGUUUGGUUUCAUUGUCCUCUCUGUUUAUCUAUUUAAAAUAAAAGGGAAACAUCUUGGAGAAAUCAAUGAUCUUCAACGAGAACUUGACUGGAGAAGAAACAUCGUCUGCCCAGGGCUGGGAAGUUCUGCGCCACCUGUACAAGAAGCAAAUGUGACUCUGGAUCCAGACACGGCUCAUCCCAACCUCAUUCUGUCUGAGGAUCAGAAAAGUGUGACAUGGGGAGACACACGGCAGGAUCUGCCCGACAACCCCGAGAGAUUUGACUCUUGGGGCUGUGUGCUGGGCUGUGAGGGAUUCACCUCGGGGAGACAUUGCUGGGAGGUGGAGGUGGGGGUGGGGAGUGGGGGAGGCUGGGCUGUGGGGGUGGCCAGAGAGUCUGUGGGGAGGAAGGGAGGGAUCAGCCUUAGCCCUGAGGGGGGGAUCUGGGCUGUGGAGUGGUUGGUGGGUCAGUUCCAGGCUCUCACCUCCCCUGUGACCCCCCUGCCCCUGAGCCGGGCCCCCAGCAGGAUCCGGGUUUGUCUGGACUGUGACCGGGGGCAGGUGACAUUUAUCGAUGCUGGUGACGAGGCCCCGAUCUUCACUUUCCCGCCAGGCUCCAUCCCUGGGGAGAGAAUCCGACCCUGGCUCUGGGUGGGGGGGGGAUCCCAGCUCAGACUGUGUCCCUGAGACACGCAGCAGAGGGGGGGAACAGGAAAUCAGCCUCUCUAGCCUCAUGGACCCAAGUCUCUAUGAUCUUGGAGGACUCCCAUCUACCCAACCCCUUUCUCAUCUCUAUGGCUGCUGGAAGCACCUCCCCCUCCCUCUCUGCAGCCUUGGGGAUGAGGGGGAAGAACCCCUGGGGCUGCAGGAGGGGCCCUGAGGAACAGAGGUGGGGGCUGGGCAGUGGGUAGCACUAACAGCCGGGUAGGGGACAGGCAGAGAUGGGGGUGGCAGGGACACAGCAUGAAUCAAUCAGGGUUUGGGGGGUUGGGGAGAAGCAGCAGCAGCAGGGAUCUGUGUCCUUAGAUCUCAUUGGGGUCUCCCAGCCGGGGAUCAGCAAGAGGGGAAGGGAUAAGAUCAGGGAAAGAAUAGAGCAGCCAAGGGGGAUGAUCUGUGACAGGGAGGAGAGACACAGGGAAAUAAACAGGGAUGGGAAGUGAGGGCUAGAACAAUAAUGAAUAGAAAAGGAGAGUAUGAAAGGAAAGGGAACGUGAGUGAAACGGUGAGAUUUAUGCCAUGUUACUGAAAGUGAGACUGUAACUCAUUAAUUCCCUAUAUUAAUCCCUGGCCAUUGGUGCUAUUUUAGUGCCAUAAAUAAAACUGUUCUCAGUAGCUGGGGAUCUCCUUGCCAUGCUGCGGUUAUUAAAGCUGUUCUUAGCUCCUUUUACUUUGCUACUUUCCAGCUACUAAUUGUAAAUAAACCAUUAC